AUGAAAGUGAAAAAUGGGCAAAUAGGAAAGUUAGUCAGUGAAGUGACCUUGCCGUUUGCUAUGGAAGUUGAACCGUCUUUCUCUUGCUCUGUUGAUGAAACGAGCUUUGUAAAAGACUUCAGAUGGAGAAAAAAGUCAGAAAAUUCUUAUGUUGUUCUUUCAAAUUCUGGGAAGUUAUAUCAUGGAGCCGUGGAUGGGCCGUUUAAAGAAGUAAUGGAUAAUGUUGAUGCUGUUGAAUGGAGUGCAAAAGGAAAGUUUGUUGCUGUGGCAAGGAAAAAUGUCCUUAGCAUCAUGUCCUCAAGAUUCAAGGAGCGGUUCUGUAUGUCACUAUCAUUUAAGUCAUUGAUUGGUGAUUCUGACUGUAGUGCAAAAGUUUAUACAGCUUCUUUUGAGCCAGUUGUACAAUCCUUCGAUUAUUUGUUUGAAGGUUUUUAUGAUGACAUUUUACCCUUUGGAAUUGGACCGCGCUUAUUCUUGAGCUAUCUAAAACAAUGUGAGCUCACAAUUACUGCUAACAGGAAGAAUACAGAGAUGCAUAUUGUGUUUCUUGGUUGGUCACUAGGUGACAAGCUCGAUGAAGUUGCAGUUACUGAUAUUGAACAAGAAAAAUGGAAACCGAAGAUUGGGCUUCAAGAUAAUGGUGAUGAUAAUUUGAUCCUGGGGCAUUGUGUCGACAAAGUUUCACUCUAUGAGAAAGUCAAAAUCCAACUUGGAGUGGACGAACGUAUAGAGCUCUCACCAUAUUGCAUUCUUCUAUGCCUUACGCUGGAAGGAAAGCUUGUCAUGUUCCAUGUGGCCAGUACAAGAGAAACUGCAGUUCCACUAGAGGUUAUUUCUGCCCCUUCUGAGGAGGAAGAUGAGGUAGUGGAUACUCAUGCAGCAGUACCAGUACAAUGUGAUCUAUCCAAAUCUUCACUUGGAUUGGACAAACCAGAAUCAGAGCAUGUGUCUUUGGGUUUUCAGUUCCAGGAAGGGAACAAAAAGGAACUCAACAUGAAAGGAGUUGGUGAGAUUUUUAAGAGAACUGAUGCAAAGCCUUCUGAUUCAGUGUCUCCGGUUGUUGCCAGUCCAGUAUCCUUUAAUGAAAGUUUAUUGAAGAACCGGAAAGUUGAAUCCCAGAUAAAUUCAUUGUCCUCUGAAGCUGAUAGACAACAAACUGUCCCUGUUACAAAGCUGUUCCAAGACACAGAUGGUCAACCAAUACAGCCUUCCAGCCAGCAAAGCACAAAAUUAGACCAAUCACCUAAUAAAGCUUCUUUUAACAUGGUUAGUGACUUAAGCAAGACCGGAACUCAAAAAAUUGAAUCUGACCCUGCUUUUGGAGUAAAUAGUCCAGCUGAUAUCCCUGGGCAAUCAGAUCAUAAGAAUUUAUCAAAUAGUGUUGGGACAAGCGAGGAAUUUCUAGGAAAUAUUAGAUCAACUAGCUUACAGAGUGCUUCAUCUCUGUCACGGUCAAGUGGAAAUAUUGUCUUUCCAAAAGACAGUAAUGCAAGAUCCUCACUUUUUCCUUCAGGUUCUAUUCAAGGCAACCGAACUGAAAACUCUGGCCUUUCUUAUGGUGCUUCAAAUGUUUCUGGAGGCCUAGCUGUUAAACCUUUUCAUUUAGAGGAUUCCAUCGGUACAUCAACUUCAGUAAAUUCUUCUGGUGGACCAGUUCAGAUUGGGGGACAGAGAACUUCAGUAGGGGCAGGGAAUAUUGAAUCAUCACCUUCUGUUCAUAGCUUACAAACGUCUUCACAGGAAAAGUUCGCAUUGGGAAAGUAUGGCAACCAUAAUGUUCAUCCUUCCAAGGAAAAUAACAGGACUCAGCCCCCGUCAGCCAUGCUGAAUUCUGAACCAAACUCAUCAAAACAAUUUGGAAAUAUAAACGAGCUGACCAAAGAGCUUGAUACACUUUUGGAAUCUAUAGAAGCCGAGGGUGGUUUCAGGGAUGCCUGCACCAUCAAUCAGAAAAGUUCAGUUGAAGCAUUGGAGGAAGGCAUGAGGACCCUUUGUGAGAAAUGCGGAAUAUGGAAGAGCAUAAUGGAUGAACGACUUGGUGAGAUCCAAAAUCUUCUUGAUAAAACUGUACAAGUUUUGGCAAGGAAAAUAUACAUGGAAGGCAUUGUUAAGCAAGCUUUUGAUAGCCGAUAUUGGGACCUCUGGAAUCGCCAGAAGUUGAGUUCUGAACAUGAGAUGAAGCGUCAUCAUAUAUUACAAAUGAGUCAGGAUUUGACCAAUCAAUUAAUUGAAUUGGAAAGGCAUUUCAACAACCUUGAACUCAAUAAAUUUAGUGAAAACGGUGGAUCUCAUGUAGGUUGGAGAGCUCAACAGAGUAAAUUUAGGCCUUCAAGACAGACUCAGUCCUUGCAUAGUUUACACAGCACAAUGAGUUCACAAUUAGCAGCUGCUGAGCAACUUUCUGAAUGUCUGUCAAAACAAAUGGCAGUUCUAAAUAUAGGAGCACCUGUUAAACAACAGAAUGUAAAAAAGGAGUUGUUUGAAACAAUAGGGAUCCCCUAUGAUGCCUCUUUCAGCUCUCCAGAUGCAACAAAAGUUAGUGAUACCCCUUCAACUAAGAAACUCUUGCAUUCUUCUGGUUCUACUGCUGCUAAAGAUGAGUCUUGGAGAAAACAAUUGAGUGCUAUGAAGAGUUCUGAACCAGAAACAGUGAGGAGGAGGAGAGGCUCAUUAGAUCGGUUUUAG